CAAUUUGUUGAUCCUUUUGAAGGGGAACAAAAAUCUCAUAAUAAACCAUCAAAUCCAUAAACAGGAAUCAACUUUCAUCCUCAUCCUCAUCAUCUUCAUAGUUUAUCAUCAAGGAAACAGUUACAAACAAAAAACCAUCAAAUCUAAACCAUAAAUUGUUGAUGUAACACCAAAAGUGAAUAAUAUAAACACCGAGAGAGUGAAAGAUUUAAAUUGUUGUUGAUUCCAUAUUGUUGAUUGUUACAAAAAUCCUUGGCUUCCAAAUCAUCAUCAUCAUUAUCACUUUAACCACCAGCAUCAUCAUCAUCAUCACCAUCAUCAUCAGAUUAAAUGAUGAUUUAAAUGACAAUUACCUUCUAGAAAUGUAUCAAAUUUUGAAGGAACAAUUAAUUUAAAGUUAAUCAUUGGAUGAGAAGAGAUCAAAAAAAUCAAAGAACUGGAUCAACUAAUUAUAAUCAAUAGAAAAGCAAAAAUGAAUGGAAACUCUGAUGGUAAAAGUCGUUGGAUCUGUCCCAAUGAUAGAGAGUUAACAUUAAGAGCUAAAUUGGACACUGGCUGGUGUGUUAAAAGUGGCUCGAACUCACCUUCAUCGGCUAAUCAAAUUAGUGAAUUAGAGCAACAGAUAAUCAUGGAUGUAUUGAGACGAUCACAACAAUUAGAGAGACUGGAAACUGAUCGAAUCAGUCGAUUACAAGAUCGACUGAACAAUAUGAAACGAAACGCCAAAGGCGAUGGUUCCAAAGUUUGCGCUCUUUGUAGCGAUUCGUUUGGCCUUUUUGGUGCACAAAAUCACACAUGUAAAGACUGUUCGAAGUCGGUUUGUAGUAAAUGCGGCGUUGACACUUUCACUCCCACCGGUGAGCCCAUUUGGCUUUGUAAAAUUUGCUCAGAGACACGAGAGAUUUGGAAAAAAUCUGGUGCCUGGUUUUUCCAGAAAAUACCCAAAUCAUUGACGCCUAAUCACUCGAUGCCAACCACCAGUUCGAGUAAUAGUCGAGUUAAUUCAUCUUCUAUCUCUAAACGUUGAGAGCUUCUGAUUACAAUUAAAUUUAAUCAUCGAUCAUGAUUAUAUAUGAUUUUCGGGACACAAAUUUUUACUAAACUCUCAUCAUUGGACACAAUUUACUGUCAACGACUAAUCGACUUUUGAACAUCUUUCAAAAAUCAUCGCAACAAUCAAUUAUAUUUACCAUGUAUAGAGAAGUGUUCAAAUGAAUUGAUGAUUUAAUAAUCGUCGUAAUUAACAAUUGUUUUCAAAAUCGAUUGAAUCAAAAACGUUCAUGUAAAUAUUUCUAAUCAACAAUCAACCAACUAAUUUAAUGUUUAACUUUCCCCUUGCAUGAGAAACGUUAAUCACAAUUGUGCUAAAUAUUGAACAAAUCAACUUGUAAAUUUUCAAUUGUAACAAUUAAAUAACAAAAAUAUCCAUUUAUUUAAUUAUCGAAAAAAAAAGUA